AUGACAGAUUUAACUCAUAGAAGAAAAAGAUGGACCCUAGGUCUAAUAAUGUUAUCAAUUAAAAUUUUGAAAAAUUAUUAUAGAAAUGGUUCUUUACAUUAUAAAGAAAUUGAACAAGAAUUCCUAAAUUCAAUAAAUUCUUCAGAUGAUGAAGAAAUUUCACUUAAUAGUGAAAAUGAAUAUUCUUCUAAAUUAUCAUUAAAUGAUACAAUCAAAUUAAGUGCUCAAUUUUGUAUCGUUUGGUAUUUAGCUAAUCUUUCAACAAAUGCAUCAUUAAGUUAUACAAGUGUUGGUUCUCAAACAAUUUUAUCAUCAACUUCUUCAUUUUUCACUUUAAUUAUUGGUGCUUUAGUUAAGACUGAAAGCUUCAGUAAUAUUAAAGUUUGGGGUCUUAUAAUAUCAUUCAUUGGUGUUAUAAUAAUUACCAAAACUGAUAGUGAUUCAGUUUCACAUGAAUUAGAAAGAACUCCUCUAAGUAUAUUGAUUGGGAAUUCAUUAGCUUUAAUCGGGGCAUUACUUUAUGGGAUUUAUACAACAUUAUUAAAAUAUAAGAUUAAAGAUGAAUCAAGAAUUAAUAUGAAAGUAUUUUUUGGAUUUGUUGGAGUUUUCAAUUUAUUUUUCCUUUGGCCAUCAUUAAUAAUUUUCCACUUGACUGGGAUUGAAAAAUUUGAAUUACCAAGUGGGACUGAAGUCAUUGUUAUAAUAUUAAUAAAUUGUUUAAUUACAUUUAUUUCUGAUUUUUGUUGGGUUAAAGCAAUGUUAUUAACUUCUCCAUUAAUUGUUACCGUGGGACUUUCUACAACUAUACCAUUAGCAAUGAUUGGUGAUUUAAUAUUUAAAAAUGAAAAAAUUACAUUUUUAUAUAUUAUUGGUGCUCUAAUGAUUGGGAUUUCAUUUUUUGUUAUUAAUAGAGAUGCAGAAAAUGAAAAACAUAUUGAGUAA